CUGGGGCAGCCAUGGCUGGGGGGGUGUGGGGCCGGGCCCGGGGGGGCCCUGUGGGGGCCUUGACCUUGACGGCGCUGGCUGAAGGGAUCCGGGCUGGCCAGGAGCAGCCCCUGGGACGCCCUUCCCCGGGUCCUCAGCAUGAGCCUUGGGAGCUUGAACCUCAGGCUGCACCUCAGGUCCCGGCCCCAGCCUCCGAGGCUGAGCCGGGGAGUGGAGCUGCUGCCACCACAACUGGCGGCAAGGUCUGCUCCCCACACAAUGCCCAGGAGCCAGCCCCUGAGGGGCUCCCUCAGAUUUCCUGGGAGGAGGGGGUCCUUGCAGACCUCGCGCUGUGUACAGCUGCCUGCCUAGAAGAGGCUGGCCUUGUAGGGACUCAAGCAACAGCGCUCACCCUGUGCUCAGCUCUGGAGGCCCGCGGGAAGCGGUUGGAGGACCAGGUGCAUGCCCUGGUGCGCGGGCUGCUGGCCCAAGUAUCCAGCCUGGCCGAGGGGAGACCCCGCCAAGUGGCCCUGAGGGUGCUGAGCGCACUUGCCCUGGAGCAUGCACAGGACGUGGUAUACGAGCUGCUGCCACGCUCCCUACCCGCAGACCGGGCAGCAGUGGAGCUGUGGCGCAGCCUGAGCCGGAGCCAGCGUGUGAGUGGGCAGGUGCUGGUGCAGCUGCUGUGGGUGCUGAAGGGCGCGGCGGGGGGGGGGGGCCGGGAGCCGCAGGCGCUGGCGGCCACGUGUGCUCUCGGGGAGAUGCUAGCUGUGUCAGGCUGCGUGGCAGCCACCCGGGGCUUCUACCCUCACCUGCUACUGGUGCUGGUUACACAGCUGCACCAGCUAGCUCGAGGCCAGUGCUCCCCCAAGAUCUGGGCUCCUUCCCACCGGGGGCCACCGCACAGCCACGCCAGCUGUGCUGUGGAAGCCUUGAAGGCGCUGCUCACCGGGGACGGGAGCCGCAUGGUGGUCACCUGCAUGGAGCAGGCUGGAGGCUGGAGGAGGCUGGCGGGAGCCCACACCCACCUAGAAGGAGUCUUGCUGUUGGCCAGUGCCAUAGUGGCGCACGCUGACCACCACCUGCGAGGCCUCUUCGCAGACUUGCUUCCCCGGCUGCGCAGCGCCGACGACCCGCAGCGCCUCACCGCCAUGGCCUUCUUCACGGGGCUGUUGCAAAGCCGGCCCACCGCAAGGCUUCUGCGGGAGGAAGUCAUCCUGGAGCGUCUCUGCAUUUGGCAGAGCGACCCCGAGCCCACCGUGCGCUGGCUGGGCCUGCUCGGCCUAGGCCACCUUGCAUUGAACCGCGGAAAGGUACGGCACGUGAGCACGCUGCUACCCGCGCUCCUGGGAGCACUGGGCGAGGGUGACGCACGGCUAGUCGGCGCAGCGCUAGGCGCGCUGCGGAGGCUCCUGCUUCGGCCGCGGGCGCCAGUGCGGCUCCUGAGCACCGAGCUGAGGCCGCGCCUCCCACCGCUGCUGGAUGACGCCCGGGACUCGGUCCGCGCCUCGGCUGUCGGGCUCCUCGGGAUGCUAGUGCGGCGGGGCCGGGGCGGGCUCCGAGUGGGUCUGCGCGGCCCUCUGCGGAAGCUGGUACUGCAGUCUCUAGUGCCGCUGUUGUUGCGCCUGCACGACCCCAGCCGGGAUGCUGCUGAGAGCUCUGAGUGGACUCUGGCCCGCUGCGACCAGGCCCUUCGCUGGGGCCUGCUGGAGGAGGUGGUUACUAUGGCUCACUACGACAGCCCCGAGGCCCUAAGCCGCGUCUGCCACCGCCUGGUCCAGAGAUAUCCGAGCCACGUGCCCAGUUUCCUGAGCCAAACCCAGGGCUACCUACGGAGCCGGCAGGACACCCUCCGCCGUGCAGCCAUCAUGCUCAUAGGUUUCCUGGUCCACCAUGCGAGCCCCAGCUGCAUCAACCAGGACCUGCUGGACUCUCUGUUCCAGGACCUCGGGCUGUUGCAGAGCGCCCUGGAGCCCACGGUUGCUGCGGCAGCGCAAGUGUCUGCCCAGCAGGUGGCGCUGCUGGCCUGCGCACAAGGCCCACCCGUCAAGGCCCGCCUCCUCCGUCUUCGGCGCCGGGGCGGGGCCCGGCCCCAGCCGGUCUAUGCUGACAGCCCAUUCCAGCCUCAGAGCCUUGCCGGCCGCUGGGGCUGCUCCCAACCGCGCUGCACCUGACCGGGGUCCCCAGCAGCAGGGUCAGGGCUGAGGACUGGGGCCUCACUGUAGCAGCCCUUGUGGGGCAGAUGUGCAGAAGAGGUCCGUGGUGAAUCGUGCCUCCGCCUGGAGCUGGGUUCCAGUACCCAUCUCUCCCAGAGCCCCUGUCAUGGCAGCCACGUGGUGGAGAGGGACAGCUGCACCUCCAGGAGUCUGAGCCAUUUCACCCUCAUUCCCCCACCACCACCACCUCUUGCACCUGCCCUUCCACCUGUCCCUGGUCAGAACUGGCUCCCAGGCACCUGGAGUGUACUCUGCAACCCAACGUUGCGUCUGGCACCUGGCCUCCUGAGCUGGGGUCUGGCGUGGAGGGGUCACUGUCUUCCGGCCCCUCCCUGGUCCAGGCAUUCCAUCCCAUCAGGUGCCACAUCUGUCGCCAGCGUCCCGAGGUUCUUGGCCUGUGUCCUCCCUGUUCAAGAGGGGGUUCUGCCCACGCUUGCUGGCCCUCAGCCUGGCUCCACUUUCACUCCCAUCAUGUCAGACCUCACUGUCCCUGACCUCUGCCUGGACAGCACAGGCUGGGGUUACACCUGUGACUUAUGCAGGGCUGGCACCCCACUACCCCGAGGCUGAGCAGGGGUGGCAGCUCCCCAGCGCCUUGCUCAGGGCUGACCGAGGAUGGUAUGGCUGGACAUCUGAGGCAGAUCCCCUUGGGGAGCCUCAGGGCUGUGACGUCCCUCAGGGUAAAUGCCUGCUGCAACAUGUCCCCAUCCAGCGCCCCUCAGAGAAGGCCUGCUCACACCCCCCAGGACGUGCAGCCCUGUGGAGACCCGGGACUCCACCUGCCCACCCCCAGCUCCUAUCCAGAAAGCUUUUAAAAUAAACGCGUG